AUGGCUUACAAGGGGAUAAACUCUGUACUAAGAAUUUAUAUAACAAAUAUUGAAAUGACAGUAGAUAUCAUCAUUAUGUACCAAGGGAAGAGAAACAGUAGAAAUUGCCAUUCCUAUGUUCUUCUCAGAGAGGGAAUUAUUCUGGAAUAUGUACAAAGUGAUGAGCUAAAGAUCAGAUCUAUCGAUUUACUUAAUCUCAGACCUGACACAGAUGUUGUAGCCUUAGUAGAAGAAAUUCAAAAAAGAGAACCUCUCAUCACAUCUUCGUACAAGGAACAUGUACUGUAUUUAUUAAAAAGACUGCAAGAGAAGCUAGAAGAAAAAGAUGAUCGAAAGUUUAAUCUUUUUAAGGUACUUAGAGCACAUAUAUUGCCACUGACUAAUGUAGCGUUUAACAAAUCUGGUUCUCGAUUUAUCACUGGAAGCUAUGACAGAACCUGCAAAAUAUGGGAUACUGCUUCAGGAGAAGAGCUACGUACGCUGGAGGGACACAGAAAUGUUGUCUAUGCAAUAGCUUUCAAUAAUCCCUAUGGUGACAAGAUUGCCACUGGAUCUUUUGAUAAAACCUGCAGACUCUGGAGUACAGAGACAGGAAAAUGUUAUCAUACUUUCAGCGGACAUAGUGCAGAAAUAGUAUGUUUAGCAUUUAAUCCUCAGAGCACAUUGGUGGCAACUGGAAGCAUGGAUAGCACCGCCAAAUUAUGGGAUAUAGAGAAAGGAGAAGAAAUAGUCACUUUAAGCGGGCACUCGGCAGAAAUCAUUGCAUUGUCUUUUAAUACCACUGGAGAUAGGAUUAUCACUGGCUCCUUUGACCAUACAGUAAUCCUGUGGGAUGUUGGCACUGGCAGGCUCUUACACACUUUAUUGGGUCACCGAGCAGAGAUUAGCAGUGCACAAUUUAACUGGGACUGUUCUCUUAUUGUCACUGGAUCAAUGGACAAAACAUGCAGGCUGUGGAAUGCUAUGACUGGGACACAUAUAGCAACUUUAGCAGGUAACAGUGAUGAAAUUUUGGAUGUCUGCUUUGAUUAUGUUGGCCAGCGAAUUGCAGCUGCCUCUGCUGAUGGGUCAGUAAGAGUCUAUAGUGCAGAGACCAAGAAAUGCAUUGCAAAGUUAGAGGGACAUGAAGGUGAAAUUUCAAAGGUAUGUUUCAACCCUAAAGGCAAUCGUAUAUUAACAGCCAGCUCUGACAAAACAGCUCGACUCUGGGAUGCUGCUACUGGAUGCUGCCUUCAGAUAUUAGAUGGUCAUACUGAUGAGAUAUUCUCCUGUGCUUUCAAUUACAAAGGCGAUACAAUCAUUACAGGAAGCAAGGAUAACACCUGCAGAAUAUGGCACUGACUGAAGAGAAGGAAAGAUCCAGUUUGCUAUAUGCUGACUUUGUGAGUUUUGUAGUCAAUAAACUCAGUCUUUCAGAUGUGUUUUCUUUUACUUCCUUUGUUCACCCUAAGCUUUGCUGAAUUAGAAAAGCUACCUAGAUUUUGAUAGGUUUGACUUUGCUGAUAUCAGAAGUUGAAAGCGACCUUUGGAGAUCGUCCACACCUCUGCUCAAAGUGCUGCCAGCCAAGCAGGCUGCCCAGAACUGACAUGGCUUCGAAUACCUCCAAAGGAUAGAGACUCCGCAGUUUCUCUGGGCAACAGGCUUAGUGACUGAUCACUCCUUCAGUAAAAAAAAAAGAAUUGGUUGGUUUUUCCUUAUGUUCAAAUGGAAUGUUUUCUUGUAUUUCAAUUUGUGCAUGUUGCCUCUUCACUGGCUACUAACUGGUAAGGGUCUGGAUCUGCUCAGCCACCUGAGAGAAAUGUGGAGUAGCAUGAAUGAAUCUGCCAGGAUGGCCCUGGUUUUUUGGUAUAAUUUUUAACCUGUAACCCUUUUAAUAAUAAUAAUAAAAAGUAGCGUUGCAAUAUUCACAAGUGUGAAAGGGGUGUUGUUAUGCCCUUGCUCUGAGUACUUUGGUAUUAACUUUUUUUGCUGUGUAAUAAAGUAUUGAGUUAAAAUGCCAGUUUUGCUGCUUGUAAUACAACUUCCUACUUGGUAUUUCUAGAGAAAACCAGCAACUAUUUGUGAAAUACAUUGGUCUUAAUUAUUACAUGCAUGCUGUAGUUAAGAUCCCACUCACUCCCCUUUCAUACUUGCUCACAUCUUUCCAUUCAUUCCAUUCCUUCCUGCUCAGCCCUCAUUCUCCUGUUUUCACCUGAGGUAAAAAAAAAAUCAAUAAUGUGGGUGGUGACUCCAACUCUGAAUCCUGUCCUAAAUAUUAUGGCAAGUGUGAAGAAACUCUACACACAAAUGAUUUGGAGCCAAGGAUCAUGACAUAAACUAAUAAGUGGACAAGGAAUUCUGCAAAUUAUUUACCGCAGUAUAACGAGCUGUUGCCCAGACACCAGCAAUUGCCAACAAGUUUCACAUGUGCAGAGUGCUCUCACUUCCCAACACAGCACCUGAAACUGCAGUUGCUCUUUGCAGGGAAACAGUGAGGGAGCAAAGUCAACUCCUCUCUUUCAGCAGCCUUGGAAGAAGGACAAGGAAGCAAAGAAGGUGCAACAGAGGAUUCACUUUCCACUUGACAACUUCCAGCAUCCUCCUUUCUUAGGAUACAACUGCUACUGUGGUGUAUUAUAUUCAACAUCGUGGAUUCUCAUGAGAGAACACAUAUCUGCAGUCAUAGAACAAGGCACGGAUGCCAAACUGUGAGUGGAAUUUAUUGCCCCAAAGAUAAACAAGUGGAAUAUAAAUUCAUCUAAAUCAACCACACAGCAGAUUAAAGCCAACAAUAAUGGAAACUGAAGCAUAUUUCCAGCUAUCACCCCUCAUGGAUUUACAGCUCACCAAACAGCUGUGUUGAAUGGAACAUUUCUUCUGCACUCCUUGGCCUUACAACACAGGGUCUUUUCAAACAGCUACAGAAGAUGUCAUGCGUGCUUCAAACUGCUUGUAGGUGAAACAACAGCUGAAUGAGAAGUACAGAGAACAGAUCUGGAAUGCACUGGAAGAACUCCAGAUCCACUGCAGUAGACAAAAAAUCGAGAAAAAUGUGGAUUUAUCGCCAUCUGGAGGGUGUGCUCUUUCCCUGCUCAUAGUUGGCAUUCUGGGCUCCACAGUACAGGAUGUGUGUGAUAUCCCGAGAAGGGUUUAAUCCCAGCCACACAGAGAAGUUUCUGGCAUUGAAGUUAUCAUUCAGGGUAAUUGGAACCACUUAAUUGUGUAGGGACCUCGCUAGUGCUGCCCCGCGAGUGUGCCAGGCUGCUGCGGCCACAGAACUGCUGCAGUCUGGAGAAUGUCUGGAAGGGACACAGUCCUCGUCACGUUGAACUCUCCACCCAAAUGAAACAGCUUUUUCCAUUCAUCUGACGCACGACAAAGAUCUGCCCUGAGGAUGGUUUCACUGAGCAUUAAAGACCACCAGUGAGGACCUGCAGACAUCCUCUCCUCACCAGUUAAUGGAAAAAGGACAUCACAAGAGAACUUGGCUGUACCCUCCUGGUCUAAUCCACCUCAGAAACUGCUGAAAGACUGUAAUCAGGGCUAAGCUCGCUCCCCACUUAACAGCUGCAGUGAAUGAGAUGAUUUCCAAAGUUGCACCAGGCUCUGCUAAGGAAGUCCCCACCACCUGAGAUGGUGCGUGUGGUACUGUUCCCACACCGUGGCCAUGCAGCUGCCUGCGCGGUCCCCUGCCCCAGCAGGCUGCCCUUUGCUCUGGCAUCCAGGCUGCUUGCAUCCUGCAGGAAUCGUGACUGACAACUGUUAUUGCAGAAUACCCAACUGCAUCUCUCUUGCCAGGUUGGUCUGUUUAUAGAUGGACAAGGGCAAAUCAAUACACUCCGAAUAGGAAAGGAGAGGGACAUAUUAGCCAGAUUUGAUCCUGAGAGACCUUCCUCGCUGGCAGAUGCCGAUUCGUGCUCUUACCUCCAUCAGGAACAUGUGCACACAUCCACAGGCCCUCUCUGCAGCCACGGAAACAAAACAUCUCUGGGGCAUCUGUCAAAUCUCUGCGCUCCUCACAUUUUCUCUGGAGGAUUUUUUGGUGUGGUCUGGGGAGAGGUGGUGCUUUUUUUUCGUUUUUUUAAUGAUAAAAGACUAAAUUAGCUAAAUGUCUUCUUUAUUUUUCUCUAAAUACCAGGUCUCAAAAUGUGCAAUUUAAAAGGUAUGAGAACCUUGAGCUGAGUCCUGCAGGAGUGAGGCACAUUGCCUGCCAGGGGGAAAGGGCAGCAACGGGUAGCUGCACGUCACCAAAUCACACGCGGGAAGGAUGCAAAGCAGUGAGCAAGGUUAUGCAGUUUUCUUGCCGAGGCCAAUGCAGUGAAGUCUUCCCGAAGGGCCUAAUGAAAACGGCUGUUUUGACGUGCAGAAUCAUAAAUCCAUGCUGGUUUCCGUUCUUGUCAUCCCACUCCUCUUGGCUCUCUGGGUGACCAAGUGGUCCCUCUGAUACUUUUUGUCCCAGAACAUUCAUUUAUGGCAGUUUCUCAAGCAGCAUUGCUUGCCAGAUAUUAUUUCUGUUAAUUAGAACUUUUGGCUGCUUGAUAUGCUGGAAAAUUCACAUUUUUGUACUCUCUUUCUCCUGCUUUUGAGUGGUUGUAUUUAUCUAAGAUGAAAGCCAGAUGUUAUAUUAAUAAGAGAACUGCUUUUCCUAAAGGGAAACAUUCAUCAGUACAGAGGCAGACGUAGUUUUGCCUUGAAUUACUUAAAUUCCUCCUUUUUUUUCUUCUGAACAGGAAAUCCAAGAAGAUGUAUUUGAAAGCAACAGUACCGUGACUGCAGAACAAAAGCCAUUUACCCUAAUCCGUUUAAAAGCUGUUCACCAAACAGUCCCAUCAAGCUCCUUCCAUCUAUGGGUCCAAGAGUUUUCAGUCAAUUAAUGAAUAAACGAGAAGUGUCAACAAGACGUUCAGCUAACAGCAGGAACUGGGUGCUUCUUGAGACAAUGUUUUCAAGUUACACGUCAUCACAUUGCAUUUUUGAGCCUGGUUUGUCUUACUGGGAGCAGUGCCAAGGUCAGGCAAAUCAUUAUUUACAAUUAAUGGCAUUUUGAAGACUGCAUACUCUUAAAUUGUGCUUGUUCUUGUCUCUUUUGAACUAUUCUUCAUUUAAUUUCAUUUUGACUGCCAACUUUGUGGAAAAAGGAUCAUUAUAUUCAGUGUUUGGAACAAAGGCCAGAGACUCCGCAGAUCAGCCUUCACACCUGCAUUGACCGGGAGAUAAAUGAUGUCUUCACAGACAGAGCACUUUGCCAGCAGGAAUCACAGUGAACGGCAACUCCAUCCCCAUUAAGCAAGACUGAGUAGCCUGGACAAUCCAGCCAGGUCUGUGCUGUGCUUUUGGGCCAGGACAUCCACCACCAGCACCAGCGUUUGCUGCCAAGUGGCAAAGAAAAGAUAGAGUCUAGCAAGCGACCAUAAGAGUUUACUUCAGCCACGGUCAAUCCUCACCUCUCUGUGGGAGGUCAGCUGGCAAAUAUAGCUUCCUGUGCUGUGGACACAAGCAACACAAAACCUCAGGGGAAUAGGGAAAGUUUCAGGGUGGAUCAGCCAAAGUGCCCAUCACACAGCUUCUUAAUGUCCUGCUACUUCCCACCAGUCGAGCCAGAACUGCCUCCUUUGCUCCACUUGCCAAAAUCCUGCAUCCCUCCAGUUAUUCUCUCCAAGUCCAAACUGGUCACUCAGAUGUAGCCCACCUCAGAAGAAUCAGCCCUGUCUUGCAUCUCUCCAUAUCACCCAGGGCAGGUCCUGCACCAGCUUCAGAGGAGUCACCUUAAAUCUACAUCAUCUUGAAUGAAAGGAGAAAAUCUGGCUAUUUCCAUUAUCCAUCUCUGUCCCCAGCACAUAAAAAGCUGCUUACCUUGCUGAAAAUACAUUGAAAUCCCAGAUUUAAAACACCUUGGAGCUUCUGAGGACGAGUCCAGAGCUGGAUUUUAUCUGAAACGUGCUAUGAAGAAAAGAAGGGCAAAUGCUCAAAUCUUUCUUCUCAGUCUCUAUAUGCUACUAAAUUAGACAUUUUUUGAAGACCUUGUUUGCAUUAGAUUCAUCCUUAUUUUGUUCCUUUUGUAACAGGAAAGAGAUGUAAGAACCUUUUAAAGCAAUCCUCAAAAUCUGCUGGUUACAACCAACCUCCUCACUAUUUUCCUUUGUUGAUGAAUGAACUGAAAACACACCAAGAGCACUAGAAAAUUAACCUGCCAGGUGUAAUUAUGUAUGCUUACUUUGAAAGACGGUGUAAAGAACUCCAUUAGAUUUUUACUGCAGAAUCAUUAAUCUAUUAUUUCACAUCAGAUGACAAGAAAAUUUAACAAGAACAUUUCAUCAUGAUAAAUUCAGAUAUAUAUUGCUCAGAAAACCACCGCACCAGGAUUUUUCUGCAUACAUACAUACGUAAGGAAAAGGGGAUCAGCACCAUCCAGAGGCACAGGUUCUGCAGACAGGAGCGGUGGCUUGGCUAGUGGCCAAAUGCCCUCUCACAAGUCUUGCCUUUACUACUAAUACACAACUAAUUAAUCUCCUUCAUAAACAACCUGAACUCAUAGUAUCAAGUGCC